GCGGGUGGCGGCGGCGCAUGCGCGCUGGCGCGGCGGAGAUCUCUCGCGAGGAAGGACGCCAUUAUCGCAGCCGCUCGACAAACACCACGAGAAUUCGGCCCCGCACACGGGUUGUAUGAUUUCACAGAUCACUUGGUUUGGGGUCUUCAGUGGCAUUGGAUUGGACACUGUUGCCUGAUUCUGAAUGAUGACAGAACAGGAUUUGGCAGAUGUGGUUCAGAUUGCAGUCGAAGACUUGAACCCAGAUCAUCCAGUUGUGUUGGAGAAUCAUGAAGUGACAGAUGAAGAUGUAGAACCUGCUCUGAAACGCCAGCGGAUAGAAAUUAACUGCCAAGAUCCCUCUAUUAAGUCAUUCCUGUAUUCCAUAAACCAGACAAUAUGCCUACGGUUGGAUAGCAUUGAGGCAAAGCUGCUGGCAUUAGAAGCUACCUGUAAAUCAUUGGAAGAAAAAUUGGACCUCGUCAUGAACAAACAGCAUAGCCCUAUCCAAGUCCCCAUGGUGGCAGGUUCUCCUCUUGGCGCUACACAGACAUGCAAUAAAGUGCGAUGUGUUGUUCCCCAGACCACAGUAAUACUGAACAACGAUCGGCAGAAUUCAAUUGUAGCCAAGAUGGUGGGGCAGGAAGAGCCACUGAGCAGAACAGCGGAUUCUCUGGAAAAUAUCCUUAGCAAUGCUGUUCCCGGACGUAGACAAAACACCAUCGUGGUGAAGGUCCCAGGGCACGAUGACAGCCACAAUGAAGAUGGGGAGAGCGGCUCUGAGGCCAGUGAUUCAGUUUCCAACAGUGGCCAGAUAGGAAGCCAAAGUAUUGGGAACAAUGUUACCCUUAUUACCUUGAACUCUGAAGAGGAUUACCCCAAUGGAACGUGGCUUGGAGAUGAAAAUAAUCCUGAGAUGCGAGUCCGUUGCCCCAUCACCCAAGCUGACAUGUUGCACAUCAGCACGAACUGCCGCACAGCUGAGAAGAUGGCACUGACGUUGCUUGACUACCUCUUUCACCGAGAAAUUCAGGCUAUUUCCAACCUUUCAGGGCAGGGGAAGCAUGGGAAGAAGCAACUCGAUCCUCUAAUGAUAUAUGGGAUUCGAUGCCACCUUUUCUAUAAAUUUGGAAUCUCAGAGUCUGACUGGUACCGGAUCAAGCAGAGCAUAGACUCCAAAUGCCGGACUGCUUGGCGGCGGAAACAGCGUGGCCAGAGUCUUGCAGUGAAAAGUUUUUCACGACGGACACCUUCCUCGUCAUCAUAUAGUGGCUCAGAGGGCGCACAAAGUACAGUGUCGGCUUCUAAUGAGAUCCAGCAGAACCAGCCGCAAGCCCUCCACUACGCACUCGCUAAUGCUCAGCAGGUUCAGAUUCACCAAAUAGGAGAAGAUGGACAAGUUCAAGUAGGUCACCUCCACAUAGCCCAGGUUCCUCAAGGCGAACAGGUCCAAAUAACGCAAGACAGCGAGGGUAACUUGCAGAUACAUCAGGUUCACGUUGGUCAAGAUGGGCAGGUCUUCUCGUCAUGUGAUAGAGCGGUUUGGAGUCCUACAGAGAGGGAUCAAGUGCACUGGGCUGUGACUGAAUUGGCUCUGUCCGCUCUUUGACUCAACAAAUUUAAAAUAAUAUACUGCAGCAUUGCGGUGGCAGUUCUAAAUGCGUUAUUGCCAAAUCCUGUUUGAAAAAGAAGGGGUCAGAAUGGGAAUUUUCUAUCUCGUUUUGUCAUCCGGUUGUGUUUUUAAUUGCAACAGCACUUCAAAUAGGAGUAGCAAAAUACUUUAUUUAGAACAUAAUCUCUAAUUCCUGAAGACACUGAGAUCUUGCUCCUCAUUCUUUGUUUAAAGCUGCAUCAUCUGGUUUAAUUUAAGUUUGGGAUUUUCCUCCUUGAUUUUCACCUUCAUCCACCCAUGGGGAAAAAAAGUAGUGUUGGGACUAUCUUGUAUUCAUCAGUUCAUUUUAGCAGCAUUGUUUAUGUGAUUAAAAAAUAAAGGCCACUGGAUUAUUACCAAGAAGGCUGUGAUUUGAAUUGUAAGCUUCUGAGCUUUUUUCCUUAAACUGAUCUGGAAUUUGAAACAGACAAACUAGAAAUGUUCCCGUAUUUAAUAGGACCGUAAGAAUUUGACAUAACUUUGGGGGAAAUCACUGUAUGCUCUUGUUUCACCUUGCCUGUCAGUGAUGGAGACAGCCACCUUUAAUUUCCCAGUUUUGCACCAAUGGGAGCUGUUGCAGGAAAAGGGAUUUCUAUGUUAUGAACACUUAUUCCACAAUGGCUAAUUUUUCGUUCUUGAUGUGCUAAAACGCUUGCCUAAUUUUUUAUAUUUUUUUGAAUGUCUGCUCCCUCCACUUUUGGAAAGAGGACAUUGAAAAAGAAGCAAGUCCCAAGAGAGAUGAACAAGGGUCUGGGUACGUCUGCGCUGAAUAGCAGAAGGCAGUGUAAUGAUACCCUGCUGUGAAGGAUAAAAGCCACACUGAGAAGUGGUGUAUUUAGAGGUAUAUUAUGACACAUAUACAUGUAUGUUCACCUAGCUAUUUCACUUUGUGUUUGUAGAGAAACCAUGACAAUGUAGGUGUCAGCCAUCAACAUGGAUAUGCAGGGUCCUUGCCAGGCUGGUACAGCCCAUGCUGCCAAGUAAUUACAGCUAUUACUCAAGCUAACUAAAGUAAAGUGACUCAGUAAGUCUCCUUGUGCAGGAAUUGCACUCUCAAAUGCACUCUAGAUGUAGCCUGAAUUAUGAAUCAAAGCAUCCCCUGGGGAAAAGUCUGAUACAAAUAGUUCAUCAUAUUACAUAGUCUCAGUAAACCAAUACAGAAGAAUAUAUUAAAUAUCAAUAGGUAUUGCAUGUGGAAAUUAACAUGGGUCACUGGCAGGAAGGUGUUUAAAACACAAAGUUGUGGAUUGCCAAGAAUCGUGUAAGUUAAUUGUAAAAUAAUAUACAAGGUUUACUAUUUCUCCUCCAUAUUACAUGCCAUGAAAAUGAGGAUUGCCAAAGGUUGCUGGAAGAAGUGCAGUUAUGAAGAGACGCAUACACUUCGGUACUAAAAAGCUAUAAGCUUUUUUUUGGUGUAACAUAAUUUCAAUUACAUAGUCAUAAUGUCAAAGGGAUGUCGAAUCCAGUCACACACUAUUAUUCUGGGGUUUGGCAGACAAAAUACAACUGAUGUAAGAAGAUGUAAGUUGUCAAGUGUUAUUCUUCCUGGCUAAUAUGUACUCAAUAAUGCCGGGGAGGGGGAGAUGCCCGCUCUACACACAGACAUAUACGUAUCUUAGUUAUAAAAAUAUAUGUCAGCGAGAAGAAAUGGAGAAUGUAAUACAGCCCUGUACAAACAAAAUCAAGCAGUCUUAUGCAAUUUGGUCUUCUUUUCUUGACUGCCCCUAAGAAAACUCAAGAGCCAUAUGAGAUCCUGGCAGCACUCAUCAUAGUCACUUAGAAAAGUAACUUCCUUUGUCUCCCAAGCUCCCCAGAGAACUUCUGGUGUACGUCCAUGGCCAUUCCCCUGGACAUCAGCUGACAAACUCUAUUUUUAUAUAGGAAAUCUUGCUAAGUUCAUUAUUUGUUCUUUGUUCUCUGAUUUCUUCUGUUUUCUUUUCUCUUUGUAAUAAAAAUCUGAUGAUGGCUGUGAUUUGGGAAGCUGACUUUAGAAGUUUAGCAUCUGAAAACUAAAAUGGGCGACUCUAAGAUCAGGAUGGGUUUAAAGGAAAGGAUGUAUCGGUUCAAUGUGACAUGUUAUUCUGGUAUCACGUUCCUUCCUCACUUCACAAACACAAUACGUUAAUUGUCAAAAGAGCUGAAUCAUAAAAAUACACAAAUAAACUGUUUAACGGAUCAGUUGGUCCAAUUGUGUGAAGCCGAGAAGGAGCCUGUUACCUGGAUUAGUCCAUAUGCAGAGCUGGAAUGGGGAAAUGAGCACAAAUGUUCUGUAGAAAUAAUGAUUGAAUUGACACCUUUCUUAUAUGAUAGGAGCACAACCAUCAGAACAAUAUGUUGUCACAAGAUUAAUGUCUUUGGCCGCUCGAGUGAAUAUCUUGGCUUUGUCUCCUUAUUUACGUAGCAGCAAGAGACCGUUCUUUUGUGGGAAUGUUCUGUUCUGUUGACAUUAUUGCAUAAUUAGCUGAAGCAACUCAAAGACUUUACAAUAACUACUUGCGGACUUAGGAGCCCACGAUCAGCUGUUUCUGCUCGCACCCAGGAAGUUAUCUCAUUCAUUAGUAGGACAAUAGCCAUGAUAUAUUUUUGAAAACUGCUGUAUGUUGAUGUAAAAUGCUUCCCGAAGUACAUUUCCACGACUGUUUAAGAAAAUAAAAGCUACAAAUCUUUACGGUAGCACGGCAGCAGCGGUUCCUUGCUUCUUGGUGUAGGGUUGCCAACUCUGACUGAAGCUAUUCUGGGAGGUUUUUUUCCCCCCAACAUGACGUAAUGUACUGUUCAACCCGUUCACAAUACAGGCAGUCCUCAGACUUACGACACAAUUGGUUCCUGAGACUGUGUCUUAGGUCAAAGUGUUGUAACUCAAAACUGAUUUCUCCAUAGAAAACAACGUUAUAAAUGGGGGAUUGGUUCCUGAGCCAAGGCCCGAUACCCCAUUUUCACCAAAAAUAACCCAGUAGUUUGUAGGCAAUCACUUAUAGAUGAGUAAUAUAGAUACAUUAAUGUAUUUAUAUUGCAAAUAGCAAUCAUAUUGAUUUGGAAGGACUUCUUUCAAGUGACUUGGUUGCACUUUUUGAAGGGUUUUUGACUGGAGCCUUCUCAGGAGUCCUGGCUGCAGGUUUUUCUGGAGUGUUGUCUGCUCUCUUAAAGAAAGUGUCCAAGCAAGUUUGGACAGACGGGAGAUGGGCGACGCAGCGAACUUGUUCACUGGCACGGCAUGGCAUCAGAUCAAGCGUCAUAAAGUUGAAACUGAUGUCAGAAAGUUGAAACAGUGUCAAUUUAUAAAUGUUGUAAGUGCGAAACGUUGUAACUUGAAACGUUGUAAGUCGAGGACUACCUGUAUCAAUCUCCCGGAUUGCUUUCAGUAGUCACCGGGAGAUCGAUGCUGAUUCCAGUAGACUCCUGGCCAAUCCAGGAGGAUUGGCAACCCUAUCCCGAUGGCACAGCGAGAUAAGAAAAACUUGUCACCCCGCAAUGGCCUUUUUCCCAUCCCACAUUCCUGCACCUGAAGAUACAUGUAUGACAUGAAGCCAAAGGUUUUUAUACAGACAUAGGAUCAAGCAGAAAAAGGCCUAGCCCUGGGGCCCACUGUCUAGGCCUCUGGUCCUUAACUGUGGGGCUCUGCUUUGGGUUUCCUUCAAAUGUCUAGUUGGGUUGAUGGUGUCCUUCCUUAUACACUUGUGAGAGCACUUCCUUGUUUCACGUAAGGCCUCAACACCCUUCACCAAGGCCCCAUUGCACUUACCAGUCGGUUACUCAUUGACUUCAGAGAGUUGGGUUUAGGCAUACUUUUUUCCCCUAUGCUUCACAUGCUUGUAAAUGCGAAGGUCUCAUUCCUCUCCUCCGAACACUUGUAGAAGCUAACGGGUCCACUUGUCCCAAGGAAAAGACCCUCAGUCGUUAGGUUUAAGAAAUAUCACGUGCGAAUCGCCCUUACCUCUAUCAAGAACCGCCUCAUUCUUCUGUAUUGACUCGGCGUUUUAUUGUAGCAUAACAAAUGAAAGCUGGAGUAUUGAGCAGAGUCCCUAGGGAUGGUUUUGUUCCAUUGCUGAUGCACCUGAAACGCAACUGUUUUGUGGGAUUGUAAGAGAGUUAAGUAUUUCCAGGUAUGCUCCCUGCUAGCCUUUUCAAUACAGGACUGAGAGCAACCAGACGUCUUAAAGCAAAACACAGCAAAGUGCAUCCAGCAUAAGAGCCCUUCAGCAUGAAUACCUCCUGCUUUUGGAAACUCUUGCAAGUUAACUUUAACUCUUACCGAUGCAUAGGUUGGUUUUUUUGUGGGGGAGGUUUCCAUCUGACGUCUUUUUGGAGUUGCAGGUGUUUCACAGCGCUGUUGUGAUUUUUGGUUGUCUACAAAACAGUUUGUUGGUUGAC